CACAUAACACAACCACAAACCCGUUUAUAGGGCUACAUUCACACAAAAGACUGAAAGAAGCAUCCAUGCCAGGAUUCGAACCUGCGGCCAUUGGCUCCUCAGUCAGACACGCUAACCACUCGGCCACCUGAAACAAAUUUAUUAAUAAUCUUAUUUUUGUUCCCAUAGCAACUGAUUUGAAGUUAAUAUCUUUGAACUGAAUGAACUUUAAGAUCGGAUUCGGUUGUAAUAUACUAUUCAAACAACUAUUUAAAGAAACAUUUAAAAACGAAGUUUUAUUCAACCGAUUCGAUUCUACUGAUUUUAUCUUCUCAAUAAAACAAAACUGUACAUGAGAAACAACUAACAAAUAAUUGAUUUCAGUUAGUUCAGGCCUCAGGUGUUUUAAAUGCAAACCUCUCUUUUGUUAUUAAUAAUUGUAUUUUCAUUUUAGAUGUAAAGUUUGGUUUGCUUUAAUAUUCUAAAAAUAAUAUGCCGGUUGAAGCUCCAGAAGCUGAAAAUAUCAGAGUUGUUGUACGAUGUCGUCCUAUGAAUGAAAAUGAAAAAAAUAGCCAUUUCAAAAAUAUUGUUGAGGUGAAACCAGUUGAAGGUACUGUGACUUUGUCACAUCCACAUGCAUCUGAGUAUGACCCUCCUAAAACGUUUACAUUUGAUACUGUUUUUGGGACGGAUUCCACUCAACUGGAUGUCUACAAUUUAGCUGCUCGUCCCAUUGUUGAUAAUGUUUUAGAAGGCUAUAAUGGUACUAUCUUUGCAUAUGGACAAACUGGAACAGGAAAAACUUUCACUAUGGAAGGCAAUAGGGAUAUACCUGAACAGAAAGGAAUCAUUCCAAACUCAUUUGCUCACAUAUUUGGUCACAUUGCAAAAGCUGAAGGGGAUAAAAGGUUUCUGGUUCGUGCAACCUAUUUAGAAAUAUAUAAUGAAGAAGUAAGAGAUCUCCUUGGUAAAGAUCAAAGUGUUCGUUUAGAGGUGAAAGAAAGACCAGACAUAGGAGUGUAUGUAAAAAAUCUUACAGGAGUGGUAGUUAAAAAUGCUGAUGAUUUGGAUCGUAUCAUGACUUUGGGAAGCAAAAAUCGUGUUGUUGGAGCUACAAAUAUGAAUUUGCACAGCUCACGAUCCCAUGCCAUCUUUAGCAUAACGGUUGAAAGCUGUGAAGAAGGAUUUGAUGGAAAGGAACACAUUCGUGCUGGAAAACUUCAUUUAGUUGAUCUUGCUGGUUCUGAGCGGCAAAGUAAGACAGGGUCAAGUGGUCAACGCCUUGUAGAAGCCACCAAAAUUAAUUUGUCUUUAUCCACCCUUGGUAAUGUCAUUUCAGCAUUGGUGGAUGGUAAGAGCACCCACAUACCAUACAGGAAUUCUAAGUUAACGAGGCUCUUGCAAGACUCCCUUGGUGGAAAUUCUAAAACUUUAAUGUGUGCUAACAUUGGUCCGGCCGGAUAUAAUUAUGAUGAAAGCUUGAGCACCCUGAGGUAUGCGAAUAGAGCGAAAAACAUCAAAAACAAAGCUCGCAUUAAUGAGGAUCCUAAAGACACCAUGCUGAAGAAAUUCAAAGAUGAAAUUGAAGAUUUAAAGAAGCAGUUGGAGGAUGAAGCAAGUGAAGGCGGAACUGAAUCAGGUGAAGAUGAAUCUGAUAAAGCUGAAGAAGAACCUAAGCCUAAAACUCAUAAGAAAAAGAUAUCAGAAGAAGAGGUGAAGAAAAUGCAGGAACAGAUAGAAUUAGACAGAAAAGCUCUUACUGAGCGCAAGGACCUGUUGGAAGAAGAACGUCAAAAGAUAAGCCAAGAGUUGGAGAAAAGGCAACAUGAUUUGGCUAAUAUUAAAGUUGACCAUGACGCACUUUUGCAAAAACUUCAAGGUCUUGAAAAGCAGAUAAUUAUUGGGGGUGAAAAUCUUUUGGAAAAAGCUCAAGAACAAGAAAAACUUCUGGAAGAGAGUUCAAAGGAAUUGGAAGAGAGGAAGAAAAAAGAAUUGGAAUUGAAGAAAGCUCUUGAAGAAAAAGAGAGUGAGAGGCUGAAUAUUGAAGAAAAAUACUCCAGUUUGCAGGAAGAAGCUGCUGGCAAGACAAAGAAAUUGAAGAAGGUGUGGCAGAUGCUUCUCAGUGCUAAGAACGAGUUGAACGAUCUCCGCCAAGAACACCAAAGAGAGAUGGAGGGUCUACUAGAGAACAUCCGCCAACUAGAUCGAGAACUCAGCCUCAACAAACUCAUCAUCGAUAUGUUUAUUCCACCGGAAUAUCAAGAAGUGAUUGAGCAGGCCGUCCAGUGGAAUGAAGAUAUUGGAGAAUUCCAGCUGAAGUGUGUCGCUUACUCGGGGAACAAUAUGAGGAAACAGCUACCAACCGUCGACAAGGAGAAGAAAAAAGAAGCUGACAAUUUGGAUUUGUCUCACCUAUAUCUUUCUUACAAUACGGAAAGUGUGACGAGAAUACCUAGAAUGAAAUCUUCUAGAGGAAAGUCUGGACGUUCACAUUCAUCUAGAGCAAAGUCUUCGAGGAAAUAACUUGUAUUAAUCUAUUUAUUUAUUUGUAUAGAGUAGAGAUAUGAUUCUAUUUAUUACUUUUCAAUUUGUAUAUAGUAUAGAUAAAUAUGUAUCAUAAAA